CCAAUGUCCUUCGUUCAUUGAUGACAACGACUGUCUCAUCGUCAUCUCUUCUACUUCCGCCUUCCCUUGCCGCCAUGUCCCUCCUAGCCAACACCACAAACCCGGCACUCAACCCGGACCGGAAUCCAAUUCUCCGAUCCAUUCUCAAGAGGACCUUCUACGCCCAGUUCUGCGCCGGCGAAAAUGCGCCUGAAGUCCGGCAAACCAUCGAUUCGCUCAAGAAGAUCGGGUUCGCCGGAGUCAUCUUGGGCUACGCCAGGGAGGUUGUUCUUACAGACGCGCAGAGGAAGGACCUCGAGUCAUGCCGGUCUGGUGCCUCGGCGGAGGAGUGUGUGCGGACAGAGAUCACACCCUGGGCCAACGGGACCUUAGAGACGGUGCAACUCGCCUCACCCGGCGACUUUGUCGCCCUGAAGUUCACGGGUGCCGGUAGACAGGCUCUCCACGCCCUCUCCCAACGCCUGCCGCCCUCCGAGGCCUUGGAAUCCGCUAUCGACGGAAUCUGCCAACUGGCCGCGUCGCGCGGCGUGCGCCUCCUCUUCGACGCCGAGCAGCAGGCCCUCCAGCCGGGCAUUGACGACUGGUCGCUUGAGUACAUGCGCAAAUACAACAUGCCGGACCGCGCAGUUGUCUAUGGGACAUAUCAGGCGUAUUUGAAGUCGACACCCAGAACUCUUGCUCGUCACCUCGCGGGCGCCCGCGAGGGCGGGUUUGCGCUGGGCGUCAAGCUCGUCCGCGGCGCAUAUCUCGGUUCCGACCCGCGGCAUCUGAUUCACGACACCAAGGCCGACACGGACGUGUGUUAUGACGGUAUUGCGGAGGCCCUGCUGCGCCGGCAGUGGAAUUCCCAGCUCAAGCCGCUGAGCGAGGCAGAGGAAACAUCCGCGUUUCCCAACGUCAGCUUGGUCCUGGCCACGCACAACCGCGAGUCGGUGCUCAAGGCGCAGGCAAUCCUCUCCGAGACGGAAGCCGACAGGGAUGUCGCGUUUGCCCAGCUGCAGGGUAUGGCGGACGAAGUCAGCUGCGAGCUGGUUAUGAGCGGCCGUGAUGGGAAGACUCCCCGUGUCUACAAGUACCUUGUUUGGGGGUCGACGGGCGAGUGCAUGAAGUACCUUCUGCGGCGGGCGCACGAGAACCGGGAUGCGGUGCAACGGACUCGGGCCGGGCGGCAUGCCAUGCGGGCGGAACUAUUUCGGCGGGUUAAAAGCCUCUUUGAGGGGCUGGCAAAGUGA